GUUUUCUGCAAGCCGGAGGAGGCCGGGAAGUAGCCCUGCGGCCCGGCUAGCAGGAUUGGACGCCGACUGAGAGGGCGGAAAAAGCAUCAGCGCGGCGCCUGCUCCGCGCAAGGCAAAGGCGGGGACGCCAGGCCGACUUGUGGAUCUGACGAUGGCUAACAGUAUUGCCGAACCCUUUUCCUGUGAUACUUUUGUGGCUCUGCCUCCAGCCACACUAGGUGGACGAAUCAUUUUUGGAAAAAAUUCUGAUAGGCCUUCUGAUGAAGUCCAGGAGAUUGUGUUUUUUCCUGCUGCUGAUCAUGAUCCAGGUCAAAAAGUUGAGUGUACUUAUAUAGAAAUUGAACAAGUACCCAAAACCUAUGCAGUUGUCCUGAGCCGUCCAUCCUGGCUAUGGGGUGCUGAAAUGGGAGCCAAUGAAUGUGGAGUCUGCAUUGGGAAUGAAGCCGUAUGGGGAAAAGAAGAAGUCUGCGAUGAUGAAGCUCUCCUUGGCAUGGACCUUGUCAGGCUUGGACUUGAAAGAGCAGAUACUGCAGAAAAAGCUGUUGAUAUUAUCGUUGAAUUGUUGGACAAGUAUAAUCAAGGUGGAAACUGUAUGGAGAGUGAAAUGACAUUUACCUACCAUAACAGCUUUUUGAUAGCAGACAGAAAAGAAGCUUGGAUUCUGGAAACAUCUGGAAAGUUCUGGGCUGCAGAGAAAGUAAAAGAAGGAACACGGAAUAUUUCCAACCAGCUAUCAAUCACAACAAAAAUUGACCGUGAACAUCCAGAGCUAAGGAAUUAUGCUCUAAGCAAAGGCUGGUGGGAUGGUAAAGAAGUAUUUGAUUUUGCUGCCAUGUACUCAUAUCUAAAUACUGCCAGAAUGACAACUGCAAGUGGCAGAUAUUGUGAAGGCUAUAAACUACUGAAGAAAUAUGCAGGUAAUAUAACAGCUGAGACAAUGAUGACAAUUCUUCGAGAUAAAGAGAGUGGUCUUAACAUGGAAGGUGCCUUCAUGACCACAGGAAGCAUGGUUUCUAUACUUCCCCAAGAUCCUAGUCUCCCUUGCAUUCAUUUCUUCACUGGAACGCCAGAUCCUGACAGGUCUGUUUUUAAACCUUUCAUUUUUGUGGAAAAUAUUACCCAGCUUCUAAAAACCAGUUCUCCGGUAUUUGGCCCAGAGGAUCCAGUUAAAAAGCAGCCACGAUUUCAUACGAAGCCUGACAGAAGACACGAGCUCUAUCGAAUGCAUGAACGGGCAGUUGCCACGAUGGAAGCAUCAAAGGAAAAGGCUGCACUGAUCAUGGAACAGAUCCAAAAACUGGAGAAAGCAAAGAUUGAUGACAUGGACCGUAUUCUCCAGAAUGGGUACCUGAAUGUUGAUCAAGCAGUUAAUCUUUUUUCAGAUUGUGUUGAAGAAGAAAUACAUAUAUAUGCAUGACAAAAUAUCUGCAGUUGUUUCCUUUUAUUAAUCCAAGUGUUGUUUUCCAAAACAGAUUUAUUCACUGUACAAUGCUGCUUCUGGCCAAAUAGCAUUUAUUAUGUGUACACUAGCUGGAAGAUAAAAUACUGGCCUUAGUUUUAAUAGAAUAUAAUUGCUAAUUUUAAAUGUGACAUGCAGCUAUCCAAAGUUUAAAACACCUACAAAAUUACUGUUUUUUUGUUUACUUUGCAUAUAUUUUCAGCCUGCAUUUGUUUCAUACACUUAAUGGCCAAGUGUUGUACACAUUUAAUAUGCAGAGUUAAUAACAUUAAUUUAUAUGUUGUCCACCUCCCACCAACUUCAACAUCUAGUUGGACAAAAAGCAAAAUGAAGCAAAUAAGUGAAAUAAUUAAUUCUGGAAUUAGUAUGUAUUAGCCAAAUCAACCCUAAGACAUUAUAAAAGAAUAAGGUGGCUAUUGAGAAAACAAGGACUGUAAAUUACAGCACAUUUCCCAUUUUCUUGUAAAUGGCUCCUCAAAUGCAAAUUUAAAUAUUUAAGAAAACAACUUUAAGAACUCAAGAAAGUAUUUCUUUCUAUUGCAGAAGUUUGAAAGCAUUGUGGAUAUGGUUAACACCAAUGCCUUUAAUCUAAAAAUAACAAUAGAUAUACAGUGAUGUAUGUAUAUGAUUUGAAACGGUAUACAGACCUAGACUUUGAUAAAGGAUUAAAAGAAUAAAAAUUCUGUCCUUAAAAGCUUGUAUUAAAAACUUGAUGCAUCAGGAUAGUACGAAUAGGAUGUUAAUGUUAUUUUCAAUUAUCAUUAUGCACUGGAUUUCACAAUCCAAUAGAAAUUAGAUGCAUUGGCCCCUAUUAGCAGAAUAGGCUUCGCUGAAUAGCAUCGUACCACUGCUUCUUUAUAUUAUUUUUAUUGCAACAUCAUCUAAAGUUGGUAGUAAUCAAAUAUAAUUCAAAGCACUUCUGCAAAAUGUGCAGAAAACAGCAGAAAACAAGAAAUGCUUAGCUCGUAGGA